GCCUUUAAAAGCCGAUCUCUAACAGUCCAACACAUACCAGAUAUACUUAGAACCAACACACUAGAAAUUAGAUUAGACUGUGUAAUAGAGACAGUUAGACAUGGCAAAGUGGAGUUCAUCGUUGCUAGUUCUUCUUGCAUUAGUUGUGGUUCACGCUAGUGCAAGAAAUGUUCCCACAACGACUACUACAAUGGCUGCUAACGCGGUGCCUAGUGCUGCACCUGCCUCCGUUGGUGACCAAAAGAACUUCCUUACUUACGGUGGUGCAGGGGGCUUCGCUGGCAUUGGCUCAAAUGGCAUGCCAUUUGGUGGUGGUGGGGUUCUUGGUGGGGUUACUCCCCUUGGUGGCGUAGGUGGACUUGGUGGUGGUGGUGGUUUGGGUGGACUUGGAGGAACCGGAGGAUUCGGUGGACUUGGAGGAACCGGUGGAUUCGGUGGACUUGGAGGUACCGGUGGAGUCGGUGGACUUGGAGGAACCGGUGGAGUCGGUGGAUUUGGUGGUGCUGGUGGUGGUGUAGGUGGUGGCGCUGGUGCUGGUGGUGGAGUAGGAGGCGCUGUUGGCGGUGGAGUUGGAGGUGGAGCAGGAGCUGGUGGUGGCGGUGGCGCUGGUUUACUUCCUUCCCCAUGAAAUAGUUUACUCCGAAAUCGUCUUCUUUGUUUAGUUAUGUUUUGUAAUUUUGUUAAUGUUUUUUCUAAAAAAAAACAAAAGUAAUGUUUGUUCUUCCUAGUUGUUGAUUUCGUGGGUCUAAAUCCUAUGUCCGCAUGGACCAGAUUUAACUUA